ACUGUGCUCGUUGUUGUCGCGCACAAGAGCGUACAUGUUUUAGACCUGUACGAAUGAAAGGAGGCUCCUGACUGGCUUAGUUUUAACCCUUGUUUCACAGGCUCGGGUUAUCUGGACUGUCUUGGGUGUUAGUGUUCAUUUCAGCGUUUUAGUGCAGAGCUGCUGUUUGUAUCUGUGUUCCGUCACUGAUGGCUAAUGAGCGGCUCAGAGCUCUGGAGGACGUAGAGAAAGAGAUAGCGACGAUCCUUCAGUGUGCCGGUAAUAUAGUUCUGGAGCUCUCCAAAGACAAACAUAACGCCAGCCUCCUGGACAGACAGCUGGGCCAGUUCCAAAGCUCUGUCAACCGUGUGGAGAGUGAACUUAGUGCUCAGAUCCGCUACCUCACACAGGUGGCUACUGGCCAACCUCAUGAAGGCUCCACGUACUCAGCCAGGAAGGACUGUCAGAUGGCACUGAACAGAGCCGAGUACGCCAAGGUCAAACUGGGAGAACUGGGACGCACCUGUGAACUGAUGCUGGAGCAGCAGCAGCAGCAGCAGCAGCAGCAGCAGACAUGAGAGCAGCAGACUCACUGAUGUGACUGUAUAUAUGCCUUUGCCUUUGUUUAGUGAAAUUGUUUAAUAAUCCUUUUAUAUCUUAAAUACUGGAGAUUCUCAAUAAUGGAAGAGAACAUUUUGUAUACAAGCCGGAAUCUCUACUUUUGUACACAAUGAAUGUUGCAUUUCUAGAUAUUUUCUUUUUGUUUCUGUGUUUCAAUUUUCAUUUUAAUACCACAGAACAGAUACAGAUUUGAUUAUAUCACAUCUUACAAAUCUACCCAAAACCUCUAUUCUAAACCAGGGGCCUCAAACUCAAAUGAUCUGGGGGCCAAUCUCGUCCAGUCUGGUCAGGAGGAGGCCGGUCAAGUGAAAAAAAGUCCACCAUAGGAACACUGCUACUUAUUCUGUUUAUUGAAUAGGCUCCCAGAUUGGCUGCAUCUCCCCGCGACCCUCAUGUGGAGGAUAAAGCAGUAGACAAUUAAUGUAUGGGCACAGGAAUCUGGGUUUCUAAUCUGCAAUUCAUGUGUUCUUACAUUAGAUAUAUAUUAGGUACAUGGGCGUGCAACAUUAGAAAAAUUGGAGGUCAGAGACAUGGUUGCAUGCAGUCAAAAAUCUCAUCUGUAUGGAAUUGGAAUUGGAAUUGAGUCAGAAUGGAGUUAUGUGUAUUAUGUGAACGUAGCCUUAAGUAUAAGUAUGUGAACUAAUACAGCAAAGAGUUCGUGAAGGCAUGUUCAUUUUGCUGAAUAUUAGUAAAACCUCUUUUCAACAUAAAUCUGUUUUAUACCAAUGUUAGAUUACAUCACCUCCAAUUUCCCUGGGGAUUUGUUCUUGUAUAAAAAUGUGUGCGCUUGAUCUGACCAUUGUAACAAUAAAGACAUUUUUAAGUUCA